AUGAAAGAUAGAAAGAAUACAUUUCAAUUUGUAAACAAGAGUGCUAAGAUAAAUAAUAAAAAUAGUAAUAGUAAUAGUAAUAAAGAGAAUGAUGUGAUAUUAUUGGAUAGUAAGAGUGAGGAAGAAGAAACAGUAGUAAAUACUAAGACUACAACAAACAAUCAUGUGACUAAAAGAAGAAAGAAUAAUAUGACUGAUAGUAAUAACAACAACAACAACGAUGAUACAACAACAACAAAGGACAUCGAUAAAGUAAAUAACAAUAAUAGUGCUACUGAUCAAUUACAACAAAGAAAGAGAUCAUCAGCAUCAACAUCAUCAAAUCAGUUAAAUAAUAAUAACAAGAGAGUAAUCAACUUUGAAGAAGAUGAUAAUCAAGAAGAUGUAAAGAGAAGUUACUUACUCUACUUUAAAGUUAAAAAACAGGUAGAGAAUGAAUUAAAGAGUAAACUUAAAAAAGAUUUAUUAUUGAUUUGUAAAAGAUUAAAUGUAACAGCUACAAUGAAUCAAACCAAAGAUACAAUCAUUCAGAAUAUUUUAAAGAUACCAAACGAUAGAUUAUCAUUCAUCAUUAUUGAUAAUAAUCCUUUACAAGUUUACAACAAAGGAUCACUUGAAUAUUCAUUACCGUGGCCAAUCAUCAGUAGAAUACUCGAUCUUGUUUGGACAGAUGCAUCUAUUUGUACUUGUUACUAUAGUGAACAAUUAUUUAUUUCAUUGGUAUCUAAAGGUCCCCGUUCUCUUUUUGAUCACUUUCAAAUGUACCCAAUCUAUCAACAGUUGAUGGAUGUGUACAAAGAAUCUAGAAUGAAAUGUCCAAUGCAUGCAUACUACUAUUUGAAUGGUUUGUAUCCUCCAGUCAACAUUGCCAUUUCUACACCUUUUUAUUCUGAAUUCAGAAAUGACAAAAACCGUUGGAGAUUUAAACUUUUAACUCUAUCGAAACGAGUCAACCAGUAUUUAUCAUCCAAUCACUUUACCAAUGUUAAACUAUCAUUUAAUCAAGAUCUUUGGAAUCAUGUCAACAACCAAUAUUGUCCAAUCAAAACACCAAAAAAACUUACACUUGACAAACACCACCAACUUCAACUAUUUUCAAACCGCAACUCAAUGUUAUUUUCAAAGGUUGAAAAGUUAUCAAUCUUUUAUACACCAGGAUCCAAAGAAAUUCCACAACCUGUUUUCAACAACAUACAAAGUCUAUUCAAGAAUAUCAAAUCAUUGACUUUAAAAUUUUAUAUAAAAUAUGAAGUAUCAGUCCUAUCACAAUUCAAGAAUCUCACGUCUCUCAAUUUAGAACAUCCACCUCAUCUUUGUAACGAUAGACAACAACUAUUGGACGUUCUUCAACCUGGGAUGAUCAAACUUUUACUUCCAAGUCAGUGGUGUACUGAACCAAUCACACUCGGCACCAAACUAGCCAACACUAUUCAAAUCAGUAAUAUCACUCCACCCAAUCAAAUGCCAAACUUGCACACCUUUUAUACUCCCUAUGCAUCAUAUGGUAUUUCCUCAUUCUAUCACCCAAAUGUUACCAAAUUGGUAGAAUAUUACACACGACCAAAAUACGGUAGUCCUCUAUUACCCAUUAUCCUUCAUCCUUCCAUUGAAACUUUGAAAAUAGGGUCAAAGGAAGAUCAUUUUUAUCGUGUUGAAAUCAAUGUUUUAUUCGAUAGAUUGAAUGUCAAGAACCUCAUUCUUUUCUAUUAUCCAGAUAUAUCAGAUAAAAUUAUAAAUGAUUUUAAAAGACAUGGAUAUGAAUAUAAAGGUUCUGUUUUCAAAGGGCCAACAAAAAGAAAACUACAUUUUAUUAAAACAACAACACCAACACCUGAAAUAACACCAAAAAUAUCAAGGAUUCAAACAUGGAUUGUAAUCAAUGUAGCAAGUACACCAAUAACUAUUCCAAGAACAGCAUUCUUUUUAUCAAUGAAUAAUGAAACAAUGAAGGAACGCAGUUCAAACAACGAUGACAAUAUCGAUGAGAUGCUGUCGUUUAGCAAAGAUCAUCUGAAAACAGAAGAAGAAGCACAACAUAUUACAAAAAGAAGAAAGAGUAAUAUAAACACGAUGGAUUCAACAACUGAUAAAGUAAAUAAUGAUGAUAGUAGGAAAGAUAUCGAUCAAUUUUCAUCAUCAACUUCACAUCAGCUUAAUAUAAACAACAAGAGAGUAAUCAACUUUGAAGAAGAUGAAAAUAAUCAAGAUGUUAAGCAACAACAAAAUGAAAGAUCAAUAACCAAACGAUCUAUUUCAAUCAAAAACAUUAUGAUUGAUUAUAGUAAAGGAUCACUUGAAUAUUCAUUACCGUGGUCAAUCGUCAGUAGAAUACUCGAUCAACUUUGGAUUGAAUCAUCUAUUUGUACUUGUUACUAUAGUCAUCAAUUAAUUGAUACUUUAAAAUCGCAACCCGAUGGCGGGGUCUAUUCUCCUUUUGAUUACUAUCAAAUGUGGCCAGUCUAUCAACCAUUGAUGGAUAUACAUAAAGAAUCAAGAAUGAAAUGCCCAAUGCAUGCAUACUACUAUUUGAAUGGUUUGUAUCCUUCAAUCAAUAUUUCUGCCCCAUUUGUUUCUGAAUUGAACAAUGACAAAAACCAUUGGAGAUUUAAACUACUUGAAUUAUCCAAACGAAUCAACCUUUAUUUAUCAUCCAAUCACUUGACCAAUGUUAGGCUAUCAAUCAAUCAAGAUUUAUGGAAUCAUAUCAACAACCAAUAUUUACCUAUCAAGGCACUAAAACGACUGACAAUCAAUCUUACCUGUACACCUGAAAACUUUGUCAACACAUCAAUAUUUUUCUCUGUUGAAAAGCUUUCAAUAGAUGGAAAUAGAGAUAUUUCACCAAAAUUUCUAAGGAACUUACAGAGUGUUUUCAAAAAUAUCAAAUCAUUCACAUUCAAAAUCUUUAGUAAAUUUAAUUGUAAUCUACAGUCCCUUUUCCAAUUCAAUAAUCUCACUUCAAUCAAUUUGACAUUUCCACCCCACAAUUCUCAUCGACAACAACUAUUGGAUAUUCUUCAACCGGGGAUCAUUAAACUUUUACUCCCCGGCUGUUGGUGUACUCAACCAAUCACGCUCAAAGCCAUUCUAGCCAACACUAUUCAAGUCAGUAACAUCUCUCCACCAAAACAAAUGCCAAAUUUGCACACCUUUUAUACCCCCUCUUCAUCUUACGAUAUUUCAUCGUUUGAUCAUCUAAACGUGACAAGGAUAGUUGAUCAGCCUUAUGACUUGCAAUCAUUACCACCCAUCAUUGCCCCCUCGACUAUUGAAACUUUGAAAUUCAGUGCAAAUCCAAAUCCAAAUUUAUUUCUUGAUGUUAAUUCUAUUAUUCAAACUCCUGGUUUGUUGGAUCAAUUAAAUGUCAAGAAACUCAUUCUUUACUGUCAUUUGGAAAUAUCAGACAAAACCAUUAAUUCUUUUAAAAGACAUGGAUAUGAAUAUCAAGGUGCUAUAUUUAAAGGACCAUUAAAAAGACAACUCCAUUUCAUCAAAAUAACUAAACCAACACCUGAAAUAAUAAUUGAAACAACACUAGAAACAGUGGUACACAAACCAACAGAGAUCAACAACCCAACACUCCCCUAUUACCUAAUUGAAAAGAUUGUCAGAUACUCUUGGAAUAGUUAUAGGUGUACUUGCGACAUUGAAGGUGAAUUAGUUGAUCAAAGCAAUCAGCCCCAGUUUCAAAUGGGAGAUUAUAUCAAACAAUCACAAAAAUUCCUCAAAGCCAAAUCAAUGUGUCCAAUGCAUAAGCAUCGUUUACCAUAUAUCAGAAUUUAUAAAGGAGAAAGUGUAAUUAGACAAAUCAACCAACUUCGAUUUGGAAUACCAACUUCAUGCAAGAGACUAUUUUCAUUUGUUUCCAAGUAUCUUGUAAAUAGCUCUUGGAUUCCCUUACAAGAAUCUGAAAUAUCAAACAGACAUCAACAUUAUUCAAAUCCAUAUUGUCUGUUUGGUAAAUCAAUUGAAACUCUCACAAUUGAGAUCUCACAUACUAUCAACAAAAGAAAAAGCUGGCGGUUUCUUAAUCUCAAUCACUAUUCAAAUUUAAAAAGUUUGAAAUUUGCACCAGUGGGUACGAACCAAUUUUCCCUCCCAUGUAUCCAUAAACUUCUAUCACAAAGUGGCCGUUUACAAUCUAUUACUUCAUUGGAUCUCUCAAUAUCAAAACUUGACACAAUCAGUGGGUUAUCCAUCAGCUCUUUAAAGAAUCUACCUCUUAGAAAACUAUACUAUGUUUUCAAAGAGAACCAAUUUCUCUUUCAACAACAAAACAGUGAAGAUGAUGAUUCAAGUAAAUGGCCAAUUACACAAUCUUUAGAAUCAGUAUCUAUCAACUCUUUUGAUGUCAUUCCAAAAUUGGAUAGACUCCCAAAACUCAGACAUCUAAGAAUCAUUAUAGAUUCAGGUCAUGGAUUUAACGUAAACAUCGAGUUUUCAGAACAACAAAUGAAAUCAAUUCUUCCAUCCAAUGUCACCAAACUAUCUUUUGUCAAUACCAAUAUUGCUAAUAUGUGUCAACACAAUCCACAACAACUUUCAAUUCAUUGGGGCCUUUUACAAAUGCGUCCAAACUCUAGCCAAUGGCACAAUGCACAAAUGGAUAUAUUUGAAAAAGAAUGA